AUGGGCAAACGCAAGAAGUCGUCCAGCAAGCCUCAAGGCCCUAAGAAACGGGAACCUCUCGCCACGACAUUCACCUGCCUCUUCUGCAACCACGAGAAAGCGAUCCAGGUGAAACUGGACAAAAAGGCCGGCGUCGGCAAUCUACACUGCAAAGUCUGCGGCCAACGCUUCCAGACCGGCAUCAACUACCUCUCCGCCCACGUUGAUGUCUACUCCGAUUGGAUCGACGCCUGUGAAAACGUCGCCCAAGAAGCCGCCGCCCAAGAGGCCGAAGAUCAGAAAUUCAGCAGCUAUGCUACCGCACGGUCAGGAGCGGCUGCGGCAGGCGGCGAUGACGAGGAAGAAGUCGACGCCGAAUACGACGGCUAUUGA